CAAUCUUCUUCUCCUUCACUCUCAAUAACUUUCUCUCUCUCUCAGUUCGUUGCAACGCGUUGCAACGCAACGCAGCAGCGAUUACAUCCGUCACUGUGUUUCAUAUUCUUUCAGAUCAAUCUCCUCGCCGUUAACUUGCCAUCAAAUUCUCACCGUCACCUUUUCAAGAUUAUUGAAGCAUGGUAAUGUAGUGACUGAGUAUUAAUAGCUUAAAUUUGUUUAAGGCAUUAAAGGAAAGACCUUGGAUCAUUCAUGGCAUCAAGAUCAUAUGCUAACCUACUAGACUUAGCUGGAGGUUUACUUGAUAUUCCUCAUUCACAAAGAAGUAUUCCAAGGAUUAUGACAGUUCCUGGAGUUAUUUCUGACCUGGAUGCUUCUGGUAGAUAUGAUGGGGAUUCCGAUGUUAGUUCUUCUGGUUACCGGGAGCGGAAAAUCCUUGUGGCAAACAUGUUGCCGUUGCAGGCUAAGAGAGAUAUAGACACUGGCAAAUGGUGUUUCAGUUUGGAUGAGGAUUCAAUUCUGUUACAAUUAAAAGAUGGUUUUUCUUCUGAUACUGAGGUGGUCUAUGUCGGAUCCCUCAAGGUUGAAAUAGAGGCCCAUGAGCAGGAAGCAGUUGCUCAGAAACUACAAGAGGACUUUAAUUGCAUACCUACCUUUUUACCCCAUGAUCUCAUGAAAAACUUUUAUCUUGGCUUUUGCAAACAGCAGCUUUGGCCUCUCUUUCAUUACAUGCUACCUAUGUUCCCUGAUCAUGGUGAGCGGUUUGACCGCACGCUUUGGAAGGCUUAUGUUUCUGCAAACAAAAUAUUUGCAGACAAGGUUAUGGAAAUAAUCAAUCCUGAUGAUGAUUAUGUUUGGGUUCAGGACUAUCACUUGAUGGUUUUGCCUACCUUCCUGAGAAAGCGGUAUAAUCGUGUUAAACUUGGAUUCUUUCUUCACAGUCCGUUCCCUUCAUCUGAAAUUUACCGAACUUUGCCUGUAAGGGAUGAAAUUCUGAGGGGCUUGUUGAAUACUGAUUUAAUUGGCUUCCACACAUUUGAUUAUGCUCGCCACUUUCUCUCUUGUUGCAAAAGAAUGCUAGGUCUUGACUACGAAUCUAAACGAGGACAUAUAGGACUUGAUUACUUCGGGCGUACUGUAUUUAUCAAAAUUUUGCCUGUAGGCAUUCAUAUGGGUAGGCUGGAGUCUGUAUUAAAUCUCCAAUCUACAUCGGCUAAACUGAAAGAAAUUCAGGAAGAGUUUAAGGGUAGGAAGGUGAUUCUUGGUGUUGAUGACAUGGAUAUCUUUAAAGGCAUCAGUCUGAAGCUUCUAGCUGUUGAGCAGCUGCUGGAGCAGAAUCGAGAUUUGAAGGGCAAAGUUGUCUUGAUACAAAUUGUGAAUCCUGCUAGGAGUUCAGGCAAGGGUGUUCAGGAAGCAAAAAGGGAAACAUACUUAAUUGCCCAGAGGAUUAAUGAUACUUAUGGCUCAAACCAUUAUCAGCCAGUUAUUCUCAUUGACCGUCCUGUUCCUCGUUUUGAAAAGAGUGCCUACUAUGCUGUAGCAGAAUGUUGCAUUGUUAAUGCUGUGAGGGAUGGUAUGAACUUAGUCCCAUACAAGUAUAUUGUCUGCAGACAAGGAACUGCACAGAUGGAUAAAGCUUUGAGUAGAAAAAGUGAUUCUCCCCGUACGAGCACGAUAGUUGUGUCUGAGUUCAUCGGUUGUUCUCCUUCUCUAAGUGGAGCAAUCAGGGUCAAUCCCUGGAACAUAGACUCUGUGGCUGAUGCUCUGUAUUCGGCUGUUACUAUGAAUGAUUCAGAGAAGCAAUUGAGGCACGAGAAGCACUACCGGUACAUCAGUUCUCAUGAUGUGGCGUAUUGGGCACGCAGCUUUAUGCAGGAUUUGGAGAGAGCAUGCAAAGAUCAUUACACCAAAAGGUGCUGGGGAAUGGGUUUGGGCCUAGGAUUUAGAGUUGUUUCUCUUUCUCCUGGUUUUAGAAAAUUGUCUGUCGAUCACAUUGUUUCAGCAUACAAAAGGACUGGUAAACGAGCUAUAUUUCUUGAUUAUGAUGGUACUAUCGUAUCAAAAUCUUCUAUAAACAAAACCCCCAGCUCUGAAGUCAUAUCCGUUCUAAAUGAUAUGUGUAAUGAUCCUAAAAAUACCGUCUUCAUUGUGAGUGGAAGGUCAAGAGAUUCUUUAAGUAAUUGGUUUAGUUCAUGCAAAAAGAUUGGACUUGCUGCCGAACAUGGAUACUUUUUAAGGUGGAAUAAAGAUUCUGAAUGGGAAACCAGUCACUUGUCUUCUGAUCUUGAUUGGAAGAAGAUCGUGGAACCUGUCAUGCAAUUGUAUACGGAGGCAACUGAUGGAUCUAAUAUUGAAACUAAGGAAAGUGCUUUGGUGUGGCAUCAUCAAGAUGCGGACCCUGAUUUUGGCUCUUGCCAGGCCAAAGAAUUGUUAAAUCAUCUGGAAAGUGUCCUUGCCAAUGAACCUGCAGUUGUCACCCGGGGCCAGCAUAUUGUUGAAGUCAAGCCACAGGGCUUAAACAAAGGCUUGGUAACUGAAAAGAUUCUUUCCACUAUGGUUAAUGGUGGUAAUCCCCCAGAUUUUGUGAUGUGCGUGGGAGAUGACAUUUCCGAUGAAGACAUGUUUGAGAGCAUAUUAAGGACAGUUUCAUGCCCAUCAUUACCGGUAGUUCCAGAGAUCUUUGCCUGCACUGUUGGUCAGAAACCCAGUAAGGCCAAAUAUUAUCUGGAUGAUUCUGCUGAUGUCAUGAAGUUGCUUCAUGGCCUGGGUGCUUCAUCUAAACCAAAGCCCAGGAAUCUAGCACAAUUCCAAGUUUCCUUUGAAAGCACGGUUUGAGUUAUUGAGAGGAUUCUUGACAUGUGAAUCAGGCAAUGUUAGGUUAUUAAUGUUACCCUUUCAUAUGGUGGGACCUUGGUGUUGCAGAUAGAAUUCUUUGCACCUGAACCGGUUUGCAUGGCUUGUGGAAGCAUUUAUAGUGCGGUUCAUAAAUGAGCUGACAAUUCUUCUCAGGUACAUGGUUACAUUAAUUGUUGUAUUUGCUGGUGCGUCCUUUAGCUUUAGUUGUGCUUAGAACUGUAGACCAUACACCUGUUUGCCUUGUUGAACAUGGGGCACUAAUAGCUUGUACAGUUACACUAUUUUUCUUCACUACACAUAAUCACCAUCUGCUUUCAGA